AUGUCUGAGGGAACUUACCAGCGCCUCUGGGAGGCCUCCCACGUGACCCUGCAAGAGCUGCUGGACCGAGAGCAGCCCCUGCUCGAACCCGUGCCCGACAGGGAGCGGCAGUCCUUCCAGUACAGGCUCUCCGCGCUCUACCUGCACUACCUGGGCCUGCUGCGCCAGUUCGACACGGUCUACGACCAGAUGGUGCAGCCGCAGAAGCGGCGGCUGCUGCGGCGCCUGCUGGACGGUGUGGCGGGCCGCGUGCUGGAGCUCAAGGACGAGCUGGUGCGCACCGACCUGUGCGAGAGCCACUGCCUGGACCGCGUGCUGCAGGACCUCAAGCUCACACCGGCAGACUUGGAGGUUCCAAUCCCCAAAUACUUCCUGCUGGAGCAGUCCAGCACUACGAAGGAGCGAGGGCUGAUGCUGGCCGAGAUCCUGUCCAGAAUGGAGCCACUGACUGCCGAGGACAUCUUUCCAGGAAUUCACAGGACCGAGGCCAUAAUUCUAGUGCAAAAGGUUGAGCGGGCCAGGCAGGGCCGGCUCCGAGCCACCUUUAUGCGAGAGAUUCGGAAAGAGGAGGAGAAGGAUCGAAAGAUCCAGGAGGAUGGGCAGCGCAAGUUCAGUCAGGACCAGGCAGCAGUCACCAUACAGAAGGUGUGGAAAGGUUACCUGCAGAGGAGGCGCACACAGCAGGACCGGCAAACGGAGAUGGAGCUCAUUGGCAUGCUCCCCUCGCCCAACCAGGUGGAACACUUGUGCAUCAUAGCCCAGGCCUGCCAUGGGGAGGAUGUCCAGAGGCUCCGCCAGUUGGAAAAGGAGGAGGAGUUCCAGUUGGCAAUGGUGAAGGCCCACGGUUCUCUCACAGAGACGGAGGGGCCCGACAUGAAGGAGAAAAUGAAGGAGCAAAUUCGACAGUGGUUUAUCGAGUGCCAUGCCCUAACUGGUCGGUUUCCUGAUUAUCCAGAUGAGUCUUUAGGUGGAUCCUACCUCAUCUUUGCAGACAAGACUCCAGAACAGGUGAGACUUGAACUGGAGAUGCAGGAGAGCAAAAAAAAGGAGCAAAGUAAGGAGAAAGAAAAAAAUGAACAAAAGAAGAAAAAGAAGAAAGGGAAGGAAGAAAAAUCCAAGAAGGGGGACGCAGAUACAAUGCUGCAAGUAUUGCCAUCCAAAUCUGUCCCUGUGAUUAAUGUCGGCCACGAGGAGUAUAAAAAUCUGUGGAAGACCCGGAAUGAGAGUGUACACCCCAGUCAGAAUUUUGACUCUGAGACCCUCCGGGAGGAGAAGAGGAAGGAAGUGGAGAUGGAGAUCCGGGUGCAGGUGGACGAGCUGAUGCGUCAGGAGCUGAAGAACCUGCGUCUGGCCGUGGACAGGGAGGAGGGGAGACCCUUGAAGGCCCCAAAGAAAAAGGCUGGGAAGAAAAUGGGGAAGAAGGAAAAAGAUCUGACCCCAGACAGGUCCUUGGACUCCCUGUAUGAGGAGCUCGUCAUUUUUGGCCUCCUGAAGAAGAGUGAGGCUGUGGCAUUGAAAGACUAUGUGGGUGACUGCCUUUACCUUGGGUCCACUCUGAGUCUGGCAAACAAGCUGCCUAUGCCAUCCCUGUUUGACAUCCGACAGAACAUGGCCUUGUACGGGGUCCUGCGGCUCGGCUCCCCAGAUAUACAUGCCAUGGCCCCCCUCAUCCGCUCCAUCCUCCUGGUGGGCCCCCCCGGCAUGGGGAAGAAGAUGCUGGUCAAAGCUGUGUGCACAGAAACUGGAGCCAACCUGUUUGACCUGUCACCUGACAACCUGAAGGGCAAAUACCCCGGGAAGGCCGGGGCGCAGAUGGUGGUGCACAUGGUCUUUAAGGUGGCCCGGCUGCUACAGCCCUCCGUGAUCUGGAUUGGAAAUGCAGAGAAGAAUUUCUAUAAGAAGGUCCCAAAAGAAGAGAGGGAGAUGGACCCAAAGCGAAUAAAGAAGGACCUCACCAAGGCCCUUCGGCUGCUGAACCCUGGAGACCGCGUGAUGCUGAUAGGGACGACCGCCCGGCCGCAGCUGGCUGAGAUGAAGGGGCUGUGCAAGGUCUACGAGCGGAUCCUCUUCAUGCCCCGGCCCGAUUAUGCUUCUCGCUAUGUGCUCUGGAAGCAUAUGAUUGAGGCCCAGGGAGUCCAGGUGACCCAGGGCCUGGACAUCAGUGCCCUGGCCAAGGUGUCCGAUGGCUACACGCCCGGUCACAUUCUCCAAGCCAUCCAAUCGGUGUUGAAUGAGUGGCGGCUCCUGCAAUUGUCCCAGCGGCCCCUGGUGGCCUCAGAGUUCCUGGGACAUCUGGCGAAGCUAGAUCCAGUGUACAAGGAGGAGGAGGAGUCCCUGAAGGACUGGUACUUCAAGACUCCACUGGGCAAGAAGAGUCUGAAACUUAGCAAGGACCAGUUGGAGGCCAGGGAGGCCCAGCUGGCCAAGGAGAAGAGAAAGAAGUGA